UUACAUACCUAUGACAUGCACAUUAACAAAGUGACUCUAGGCCCCCCCAGACGGAUUAUGGGAUAUGGGGUUUUUAGGGUGGGUCUGAACCACUUGUGCAUCACCUAAGACAGUAAACAGGGCUGUUUGCAAGGGUAUUGACUAUACAGUUCCUAUCUCGGGCAAGAUCAUGGCGCAAGUGCACCCCACACACACACACCCCCCUACUGUAGACUGACGCAGGCUUCAGCUUGCCACAAGACACCACACCCUGGUUGCUGUUCUGGCAGACACAUUCCUCACAAACACAGAGAAGGGAUCAGCUGCGGGAACAGACAAUGGAUCAAGUGGUGUGCGGCCAGAGAGCGGAAGCGCCCCCCGAAUCGGACCCGGUAGCCCAGAGCGGUGCCGCUGCUCCCCCUGGAGGAUACUACGCAUUACUACAGGAGGGCACGCUGGUCCCCUUUCACUGUCAGCCCAGCAUCGAGGGUGUCGUUCAGCCGUUCCCUCGCUCCCCAAAGCUGCUCCGCAAGAUAGCGGAAUUGAGGAAAGUCUCUGAGGAACAACUCCUCAGACGGCUGGCGGAACUGGAGACGGAGAGAAACAUAACCGAGGCCCACAUUCAGUCUCUGAAGAAAAGAAGGGCAAACCUGUCUAGGAGUACGGAGGUGAUGAAGCAGGAGGUGCGGGAGAGGUUUGGGGCUCUGAGGGCUGUCCUGCAGAAAGACGAGCAGGAAGUGUUGGAUGCUCUCGAGCUGGAUUGUAGAGAGACCAGUACCAGACUAGACAAAGUCCUGAAGGACUGGGACCAGCAUCUGUCUCAGGUCCAGAAAAGCAUCGCCACUACCCAGAAAUCCAUGGGGCACAGCGGAGAGACACAAGGCAAUGCACAGACUGAUUUUGACAAUCUCAGUCACAAGAAGACGGAGGCUUCAGAAGCAGAGAUCCGUUUGAAUGAAGACAGGUUUGAGAAGCUUCUGAAAAACCUAAACACCAUCUUCAAGGACCUGAAGGCCCAGCUCCAGAGAAAGAAUCUACUACUAGACUCCUCCCACGUGAUGAUUGACAGACAGACCUGCCAUAGACAUAUCACAGUGACGGGAGAGGGGCAGGGCAUGUGCUUUUCAGGCUCCGCCCAUUCCGCGCCAGAGCACCCCCUCCAGUUCGACAAGGUCUGCUGUGCCCUGGGCUCCGCCGCCGUGACGACGGGCCGAUGCUACUGGGAGGCAGACGUCCGCUGGUGCUCCGCCUGGGCUGUGGGCGUGGCCUACGGCUGCCUGGAAAGGAAGGGGCGGAACAAGGGCGCCAAGCUGGGACGGAACAGGAACUCGUGGUGCGUGGAGCUCAGGGACGGGUGUCUGCUGGCCUGGCACAACGACAGGAACGUCGCAUGCCACGCCGGGCCAGGGGUGCCGGACCGGGUGGGCGUUUGGGUGAACUACGAGAAGGGAAAGCUGGCGUUCUAUGACGCCCAAACGAUGAACGUCCUACAGGAGUUCUCCGCAGCCCUGACGUCUGUCUUUGACAGAGCCCACCAUCAAUUCACAGAACCACUAUACCCUGCAUUCCGGUUCCUCAGGCCUGCAGCAGGACACCUGUGGCCCGGCCAUAUGGCGAUACGGGACGUCAACACACUCCCAUAAAAGCCCAGCCCAGACACGCGUCAAGCAGCCCAGACACGCGUCAAGCAGCCCAGACAAGUGCAUUGUUCAAUAAGCUAAUUCACAUGUACAAAGAGCUUGCUCAACUCUCUCCCAGAAGCCAUAUUUCCUCCCCUACUGUUUUCAUUUUGAUUGUCAGAUUUCUUUGUUAGUUCCCAUAUAGCUUACGUGACCCUAUUGGUGAACUGUUUUGUAGGAAACAUAAGCUCUGGUCUUGAUUCUUUGUAGAUGCCUGACUUUUUUUCUCCAUUCAUUGCAAAUGUUUUCAUCUCAGCACUAAUAAACUGCAUUGUGUUUUCCUUGGA